AUGCCACCCACCGUGACUACUUCGACCAGCAGCGGCACGCCAACAGCAAUACCAAUCAUCGCCACGCCUACUCCUUCAGACGGCUUCAAUGGCGAAGAGUUCAUCAACAACCUCGGCAGCGAUUUGGCGCCUCUCUUAACGCUGUUCGGAGAGCAAGUUACGAAACAAUUCCUCAGCAUGUCGCUUGGCUGGGCCGAUCAUAUACUUCUCGCUGUUGGUCCGCUGGGAAUAAUCACUACCGUGGUUUCGGCAAUUCGCGUCUCAAAUGUUAGAGUCUUGAAGGCUGUCAUUGGUCGUGCGCGAGAGAAAAUCGCGACAGCAGAACUGGAGCUACUCUCAUCGACAUCAUACGCAACGUCGGAACUCUGGACUGAUGAAGGGGUCGUGCGUCAAGCGGGCCAUGCUAAGAUCCUCGAGAUAAUUGUGUAUGAACUAAAGUCUACGCAAAAAGUCUCAAGCCAGGAAGAAAUCGAACUUAAAGCUCCUAGUCAGGUUCGCAUCGGCAACCUCGGUGAAGCCAACAGGGCAGGAGUUCUCAAACUUGUGGAUGAAGGCCGUUCAAAGACGUUCACAGACGUGUUUGGCAGACUGAACUUCAGAUCGAGGAAGCAGUCCCAAGUUCUCACUCCGUCCGGAGAUUCAGAGUUGCAGGCCGAAAUUCAGGCCAGACAUAUUGCCUGGAAGCUGGCCAGACAGCCACCGAACCUUGCACUCAAUGUGCACAAGGCCCUUCCAACUAGCUCCGAACUAUGUACAUUUGCGAUCGUUGGAGCUGCUCUGCAACUUGUUGCUGUAGCGAUACCUACCGCGAUGACAUAUUACUGGAGAAAGCCAAAGGGCAUGAACUCUGUCCAAGACUACGCAUGCCCAACCUUCCUUAUAGGAACAUGCCUACUCGUCUUGGGUAUAGCACUGUGCUCGUACAUCAUCGAAGCAACGACUGUUGAGCAGAGUUUCAUUCCGACAAAUGGUUGCGAUGUGAAGAAUAUCUUCUGGUUGCAACUGCGACAGAACAUGGGCGAUCAGCCCUUCAAUGCGUACGUCAUCAUGAGCCAUGCUGGGGAUAAGAAAAUUCGCACUUCAAGAUAUGAUGCAGAAGAGACAGAUCCCGUUUUACCGCAAAUAAGACGUCAAAAUCAGGAACGAAGACUCAUCAUUGCGGUUACCCUCUGCUUCACUGGUUUCAUUUGCCAAUUUGUCGGAUUACGAGCGCUUCACUGGUCAGCAACAGUCAUACAGCUUAGCAUCACGCUACUGAUGACUUGCAUUCGGGCUUGGAUUCGCAGAGGGAUCUCGAAUCGUCCGAUACAUUUCCAGCUGGAUCCGGACUUCAAUUUCAUCGCUCUUUCAGUCGGAGAUGCUUGCAACAAUUCAUGGCCCGCCGAGGGUGGGCUCUGGCCGCAGACACAUGAUGUGAUUUUCCAUCCGUGGAACUCGCCAGACGGUGCAAACAGUACGCCCAGCGCCGGUCUGAUCGAUAUCGACGAUCCCAGGAUCGUGCUGCGAGAAAUGCUGCAAUCGCUGUCGACUGAAUUCGGUGGUGGUCUCGAUCUCCUCUCAGAGAGUCUCCGUCGCGCCAUAAGAGAGGUGUACCACAAUGUCGACUCGCAACUUCGACACUCAAAAAUCGUGUGGGAGCACGUAGUUGAGAGUAUGAGUCCCAACGACAAUGAACCACACUGCCAGCGCUUGAAGCUCGAAACACAUGGUCAGUCGCUCGAUAAGCAAGUGUUGCGUGCUUUACUAGCAUUGUGGAGGUAUAGUGCACCAGUUCAUACAACCGACAUAUGCGUUGCAAGGGUUUUCUCUGAGAAGGACUGGAAAGAGAAAGUAGAGUUCCUCGAAUCCCACAUGCGAGUAAAAAUAUCGGGUCUAUUCCUCUCGGUCAAGGGGGGGGUAGCACCGCAAUCAGAGGGCAUUGCUCAUCGUCGGUAUUCAGUUGAGGACAUUCGGGCAUAUCAUAGAUACAAAUGUACUGGGCUGAGUCUCGAAAACAUGCAAGACCUCGGUACGUCUCAUGGGGCCGGUCAGAAUCGUUCAUGUGGUUACCUUGCCAUUCCGGUAGGCAGGCCGGAAGCUCACUUCGCUUUUGAGUUGCUUUCUGGCUUCUUGGAUGCGCUCUGGCAGACGAUGAAGCUGAAAUACAAUGCAGAAGCCGAGAAAUGGUCUGUGGAGUCUGACGGGCAUGAUAAAGAGGUUGAUGUAGAUGAGAUCGCGCGCUUGAUUCUGCGUACUGGGCUGGUGAAUUACAGGAAAGAUGCCCAGAUUUUGGUCUAUUCCUCGCUUGCCCGAUGCACAGUAUGGAAAGACCCACCAGAAACCGAUGAGUCUACCUCCACCGCCCAUCAGCAUCCCGAUCCGCCCCGAUCCGCGGGCUUCACUACUCAAGACGAGAGCCCACGAAGAAGUCAAUCGAGACCCAGUACCGCUGGAACAGCGCAAGCAGAUGAGAAUUUGCAAGACGACGCUGCAACCCCAAGCAAUCCCGAACACCGAACCACUUCCUCACCAGUCAUACCGAUAUCCAACGUAUUCGAACCCACACAAGCAGAAGAGAGCUCUAAAGCUAGCUCUGUGACAUCCAGAGUGUCUGCUCAUCAGCCAGUUCCUACGCCAAGCACACCAUCACCUCGUGUUUCAGAAAACAUGCUAUCACUGGGUGACAAGGGCAAACACGCGGCAACUUAG